UUUUGCUUCACAACGAUCACCCAACCAUGGCGUUGAACCCGCUCUUCACCGUGACGUUCAACGUGAGCAGCAGCGACAACUACGGCGACUUCAUCGCCGGCAUCCGCAACAGGGUGGCCAACCCGAGGCACUUCUCCCGCAACCGCCCGGUCCUCCCGCCGGUGGAGCCCGGCGUCCCGCCGGGGCGCUGGUUCCACGUCGUGCUCCGGACGCAGACCGCGGCGCUGACGCUCGCCACGCGCGCCGACAACCUCUACCUGGAGGGCUUCCGCAGCAGCGACGGCACGUGGUGGGAGCUCACCCGCGGCCUCCUCGGCGCCGGCGCCACCUACGUCGGCUUCGGCGGCUCCUACCGCGACCUCCUCGGCGACACGGACAAGCUCGUCGACGUUGCGCUCGGCCCGCAGCAGAUGACGCUGGCCGUCAACACGCUCGCCGCGCGCACGCCGGCCGACCUCGCCAGCGGCGCGGCGCAGCAGCGCGCCAGGGACGCGGUGGCGGCGCUGCUCCUGAUGGUGCACGAGGCCACGCGGUUCCAGACCGUGUCCAAGCUGGUCGCCGGCUUCAUGCACCCCAAGGCGGCGAGCAAGAGCGGGAAGAUCACCGUCCCGAUCAAGAAGCAGGUGAACGGGUGGCAGGACCUCUCCGCGGCCAUGCUCAGGACGGACGCGCAGCCGCCGGCGAGGUCCACGCCGUUCAGCGACAUGGGUGUCAAGACGGUGGAGGAGGCGGCGGCGACGGUCGGCAUCCUGCUGUUCGUUGAGGUCCCCGGCGGGAUGACGGCGGCGAGGGCGCUCCAGCUGUUCCAUGGGAACUAUAUUUGAUGCAGAUAGAUUUCACAUUUCAGCUUGUUUGAGCCAACAAAAUCGCUUCAGAUUUGAUUGGACUAUUUGUGUGUAUUCAAAAUAAAAUCAAAAACAAAGUUUAUCUAGGUAAAUUGGUUCAUAUGAAUGAUUCAGGCGUAGUACUACUGCUAGCGGGAACAAUAACAUAUCCCGAUUACGAAUGUACAUUCUUCAUACAUAAA